GGCUCAUAUGAUCAAAAAUUACCAUACUCGACCGAUUCCUGAACUACAGCAAUAAUUCCCGUGUAGAUUGAUUAUUUUAAGACACACUUGAUGCCGCAACUGAGCAUGAAUUACGGAGCUCUUGUCGGUGAGAUUCAUCCGCGAUCGCAGAGCCCUCCUUGCACCUCCUUUAUAAUCCCUUCCUCCCUACCACUGUCGAUCCUGCGUUGUUGUUGUUGUUGUGAUUGUUGGCUCUCUUGUGGAUCGCUCCGAUUGCUCGUGUACAGGCCUGGAUCUGGCCGCUUCCGCGAUCGCGCUGCUCGCUGGUCCUUCUGCGCCUCUGUUUUCGAGUGGCGACGUGACUUUACUACGCUAACUCGCAUGGUGAGGCUAUUGGAUUAAGAGUCCGAAUCGACGCAAUCCAGGUCGGAGGAAUAACGGUUGCCUCAGCGAUGGCAACCCACUUGCCAAUUGUUGAGAAGUCUGUCUACCGUUUUGACGAGUCGGAAAGUGCUAGAAAUGAAGCGGCGCCUUCCGUUUCUUUUCUUAACCCCAAACUGCGUGAGGAGGAAAUCAAGGUUCCGGAUAAUGAACCCGUAAUUUUUCCUGAGUUUGAGCGCGACGGCAUUUACCAAGUUGUUACUCUAAAGUUUUCGCCUGGAACGUCCUUCUAUGGAACUGGUGAAGUCGGUGGACCCGUUGAGCGCACUGGGAAGCGGAUUUAUUCAUGGAAUACCGAUGCAUGGGGCUACAAUCAGAAUACCACUUCAUUGUAUCAAUCACAUCCGUGGGUCUUCGUAGUACUUCCAACUGGGGAAGCUUUCGGAGUAUUGGCUGACACGACGAGGCGGUGUGAAAUUGAUUUGAGGAAAGACGCAAUUAUUAAAAUUGUAGCAGUGGCUCCAUUUCCAGUGGUUACUUUCGGACCAUUCCCUACGCCAGAAGUGCUCAUGACCUCACUUUCACAUGCCAUUGGUACUAUGCAAAUGCCCCCAAAAUGGGCACUUGGUUAUCAACAAUGCAGAUGGAGUUAUGAAACGGCAGCAAGAGUUUCUGAAGUGGCUACAACUUUCCGGGCAAAGAAGAUUCCAUGUGACGUGAUGUGGAUGGACAUUGAUUACAUGCAAGGGUUCAGGUGCUUUACUUUCGACAAGGACGCAUUUCCAGAUCCCAAAGGACUGUCCGAUGAAUUGCACAGCAUUGGCUUCAAGGGUAUUUGGAUGCUUGACCCUGGAAUCAUGGCUGAGGAGGGCUACGAAGCCUAUGACUCUGGAUGUGAGGCAGACGUUUGGAUACAGACUGCUGAUGGCAAGCCUUAUGUUGGCGAAUGCUGGCCAGGGCCGGUUGUAUUCCCUGAUUUUUUGAACAAGAAAACGCGCGAGUGGUGGGCUGGACUUGUGAAAAAAUUCGUUGCCAUUGGUGUGGAUGGUAUUUGGAACGAUAUGAACGAACCAGCAGUAUUCAAGACUGUUUCCAAGACUAUGCCCGAGACAAACAUUCAUCUCGGAGAUGAGGAAGUUGGCGGUCGUCAGAGCCACUCACACUACCAUAAUGUCUAUGGGAUGUUUCAGGCAAGAUCAACAUAUGAAGGUAUGUUGCUGGCAAAUGAGAACAAGCGACCAUUUGUGUUGACUAGGGCAGCAUUUAUUGGUGCUCAUAGAUAUGCGGCGACCUGGACUGGUGAUAACCUUGCUAAUUGGGAACACCUCGGAAUGAGUAUUCCCAUGGCGCUCAACCUGGGAUUGAGUGGUCAACCCUUCUCUGGUCCAGAUAUUGGUGGAUUUGCCGGAGAUUCUACUCCCAAAAUGUUCGCUCGGUGGAUGGGUCUUGGAGCUAUGUUACCCUUUGCAAGAGGACAUUCUGAACAGGGAACUAUCGACCAGGAACCUUGGUCCUUUGGUCCUGAGGUGGAAGAGCUUUCGAGAAUCGCUUUGAAUAGACGAUACCGUCUGUUACACCACUUUUACACCCUUUUUCAUAAGGCACAUGUGACAGGAGUACCUGUGAUGACCCCCGUCUUCUUUGCUGAUCCCACAGACCCAAAGCUUCGCAAGAUUGAUGACAGCUUCCUGCUAGGUUCUAUUCUAGUUAAAACUUGGCCUUCACCAAAGAAACGAGAUUGUAAUGCAGCUUUCCUGUUGCCGAAAGGAAUCUGGCAGCGGUUCCACUUUGAUGAUGAUCAUCCGGAAUUGCCAUUGCUUUUUCUGAAGGGUGGUGCUAUUGUUCCCACCGGGCCGGUGAUUCAGUGUACUGCUGAAGCUAGCCCCACUGACACAAUUACUCUCUUAAUUGCACUGGAUUACAACGGAAAGGCAGCUGGAUCUUUAUAUGAAGAUGGCGGUGAUGGUUUCGACUUCAAGAAUGGUGACUAUUUGGUUACUCAUUACGAAGCAGAGAGAGUACCAAGUUUAAAAUCAAAGGAUGGAGAGGUUGUAAUUCGGGUCGCUUCUACUGAAGGCCAUCGUGAGAGGCCAAAGCGCACGCUUCACGUGCGACUUUUAAUCGGCGAAAACGUAGAGGUGGAAGGCGAGUGUGUUGAUGGAGAGGAGCUCAGAAUCCAUCUACCGACAGAGGAUGAAAUCAACAAAUCAGUCAUAGUGAAACGCGAGACCGGAUUCAGCAAAUUAGAGAGAAUGCAGAGUUUGUUAGACGAGGUCUUUGAAGAUCACCACCCGAUUAUGGGGGUGGGAGCUGUGAAGAUGCCGGAAGACCUUGACAAAGGAAAUGUGUUUGUGAAGGUGGUGCCUUGGCUUGGUGGUCACAUAAUGUCCAUGAUUCAUAAGCCGUCAGGCUAUGAUUGGAUGGAAGGAAGAUUGGAAAAUGGUGGUUAUGAGGAGUUCAGUGGCACCGAAUUCAAGUCUGCUGGUUGGAAUGAGGACUACAAAGUCGUCAAGCGUGAUGUUGCACAAAUUUCGGGUUACGAGGUUCUGGGAAUGGAAGGGGAUAUCGGGGGUGGAUUAAUACUGGCUCGAGAGAUUCUUCUUCCUCAUGAUUCAUUAAGCAAGGUGAAAAUCAGCUCCAGUAUCGUGGCACGGUCAGUCGGUGCUGGGUCUGGUGGCUUCUCCAGGCUUGUCCGUCUGCGUAUUCAUCCUAUGUUCAAGAUUGUGCAUCCUAUGGCAUCCUACAUUAAAUAUAAGGCUAUAGAUGGAACGGCGCGGGAGCUGAAGCCUAAUAUGGAGUUCGGCGAAUUUCCCAUUGAAGGGUCUGAUAGACCCAAUGGCGAGUGGAUGCUUUUAGACUCGGAAACUGGCCUGGCAAUUGUCAAUACAUUUGACAUCAAGGAAGUAGAAUCGUGUCAUGUCAAAUGGGGCCCUGGAUCUGUAACGCUUGAGCUUUGGUCUGCAGAACGGCCUGUGUCGAAAGAGACACCUCUUUCUAUAUCACACGAGUAUGAUCUCAUCGACACUUCAGAGUAAAAUGCUGGAUACCAAGUCGGCAGUACUGCGGUAGAGGUUACGGCAUUCAAUCCAAGUAGCAUUAGACAAACAAUGUCACAUGGCAGAAUAGUAGGAAUUUUCCGCAGCAAUUCUUUUAGUAGCAACUUACCAGUGUGCAGAUGGUGAACUCAUGACAGAUUUGUGUUUUACCACCGCCCUGUCAACAUAGACAAAAGGCAUAACGUUCCUCCGAUUGUAGGAGGUCGAGACCUUUUUCGAAUCAGCAUCGUAUAUCGUAAGAUGCUAUAUCAAUUGACUUUGUGAGAAAAUCUCAUCUCCAGUUAAUCUAUAAUCUCUUUAUAUGUCAGACUACUUCAGAUAUAGUCGUCGUAGCUUAAUAUAAACAGACUAUAUUUUCA